AUGGCAGCCGCGAUGGAGAUAUUCCCUCUUGUCCUCCGCCCUCCAUGUUUCCUCCUUCACUCCAACCCUAACUGCUCCCUCAUCGUUACCUCCAAACAGCCCUCACUCUCAGUGUCCAACUAUCCCUUACUCACCAUGCAGGUUCUUACCUUCUUGACCGCAGUCCUUUCCUUCACUAUCUUCUCCGCAGCCGCCUCCAUCCCCAAGACCUGGUCCCUCUCGUCCCUUCUAUCCAAUGACACUGUUCAUGCAACCAUCUCACAAGUGCCCAUCGGCGCUGUGAUCGAUCACUGUAUCGUGCCAGGCACAGUCGCCCUCACCUUCGAUGACGGACCAUACAUCUACACACCGCAAAUCCUCGACACCCUCUCUCAACGCGGCGCCCGCGCAACCUUCUUCCUGAACGGCGCGCUCAAGGGCAAUAUCCACGAGUACGCGGAUGUGAUGCGCCGCGCAAUGGCCGAGGGCCACCAACUCGCCUCGCACACAUGGAGCCACCCCUACCUCUUCACCCUCGAUCACGCAGGGAUAGUAUCACAAAUGACGCAACUCGAAGACGCCUUCGCGAGUAUUGUCGGCGUCAUCCCGCGCUACAUGCGCAUGCCCUUUCUGAUGUUCAGUCCUCUCGCGCUUUCCGUCAUGACCGAGCUGGGAUACCAUGUUAUCGGAGCGAGUAUCGAUACCAAGGACUACGAGCAUGACGAUGCCGGCCAGAUCUGGCUGAGUUUUGAGAAGUUUAAGGCUGAGCUGAAUGCCGGUGGCACGGUUGUGCUGGCGCAUGAUGUGCAUUAUAACACUGUUAAUGUGCUGGUGGAGAAUAUGUUGAAUGAGAUUGAGGCUAGGGGGUUGGUUCCUGUUCCCAUUGGUGAGUGUCUGGGGGAUCCGCCGGAGUUGUGGUAUGCUGCGCCGAGGUAG